UCACCAGGGAACCGGAAACCACUCAGUGUUAUGGUAUCAAAGGCAGCUGUCCAGAGGACGUCCACAAACGUGGACUAAACGAUAAGAAAACCAACAACUUUGAACUGGACGCAGAAGAUUCACAUACCCGCAAGGCAUGUGGCAAGACCCUGAACAUGGCCACAGAAAGUUUUGCAGAUUUCUUGAAUAAGCUCAAGGAAAUUCAUGAAAAAGAGGUCUUAGGACUGCAAACAAAGCUAACAGAGUUGACAACAGAGAAGUGUCGAGAUGCCCAGAGAAUUGAAGAGCUAUUUGCUAAAAACCACCAGCUAAGGGAACAGCAGAAGAUCCUUAAAGAAAAUGUAAAAGUGUUAGAAAACAGGUUGAGAGCAGGUCUCUGUGACAGAUGCAUGGUUGCCCAGGAGCUCGCCAAGAAGAAGCAGAAUGAGUAUGAGCACUCCCACUUCCAGAGUCUCCAGCACAUCUUCAUCCUCACGAAUGAAAUGAACAGGCUGAAGGAAGAAAAUAAAAAUCUGAAGGAAGAACUGAAGAGGCUACGGAGCCUGGAUGAGAGAUCAAAGCACCAAAGAGCCCUCCCCAGAGACAGCAGCUCCAUCCCGGACUCACCAUUGGCUUUACUCUCCUCAGUAAGCCAGACAUCCAGCACAGGCAAAGCAACUAGCAGAGAAGCAGAAGAAGAGUAUCAUGAACAGCCUGGCCAACAGUUGGGAGAAGAGACGUCUGCAGGCCAGAGAUGUUCUCUAGGCAGUAGUAUUUCUCCAAGUGCCGUUCUCCAUGAAGCACAUGCUCUGGAAAUGACUUCCCAGAGGAUAGCUAACCAGCUGCAUGGAACCAUCGCUUUGGUGAGACCUGGCUCCAGACUGUGCCUCCCUGAAAAAAUCUCUGCCAGGAGAGCAACGUCACCACCAGCAAGAAAAAUCUCACUGUUCCUGGAGCGUGAGCGCAGCCCCAGCCGUGAGGCUUGCUUAAGAACAAACAAACCAGAUUCCCACAAAGCCACUUCAUCCUAUGGAACUCUACAGCUGACCACCAGGCAGGAGCAGCUCUGCCUCCUUAACAAACAUUUCUCUCUGCACCAGUUUGGACUCAGGAGUAACAGUGCUUCUGCAGAUAGGGACAACAGCUUGCCAAGCCACUUGCUACAGGCCAGAGAGACUGAAGACAGAACAAGGCUGCAGGAGGAAUGGGAAGAUCAGGCCGCCAUUUUAGAACUCCCUGGAGCUGUGGUGUACAUGCGGGACCAGCAUUUGGAGGGGAGGCUUCCAUUUCUUAAGCACAGAGAGGGGCUCCAGUAUCUCCUGACACAAGAGCAUCAGCAAGGAUUCAGGGCCAGGACAGAAGGCAACCAAAAUGCAACUCCAUAUACAGCUGCUCCUGAGGAAAGGCCGCUUUCCCCGCAGCUGACCAUGGGGUGCAAAGAAGAGAGGUCGUACCUGGAGGAACCUGUAGAAGGGAAAGUUGUUUGGAUAAACAGGGACAACGUGGAGCAAAGGGAGAAGGUAGAGGCAGCAAGAGACUGUCUCCUGGACACACCUCUGGAUCUGUCAGAUUAUGGCAGAAGGAGUGAAAGCCUGAAACCUGCCAGCUGGCACAAAUCCCCCAAACAGCGUGAGGUUGACAGUCCAAGUCCAAUCCCCGUGGAAAGCCCCACUCAUGAGAUAGGCCAGAGCUCCAGCAUGCUGCCAAGAGCAGAGCAUGAGAACUCCCACCUAGCCUGCAGCCAGCUCCCUGCGGCCAAACUGUUGCAAAUCGGCAACAAGACUGAGCAGUUCAGUGCCAAAGAGCAAGAGGCCCCUGUGGUACCUUUGGUCCCUUCCUCACAAGGACAGCCCGCGGGCAAGCUAACAUCUUGUGAUCCUGCAACAGAUUCAGAGACCAGGGUGAGAAUGUCUCCUAGGGCACAGAAUCGAGAACCAGGUGCUCAAACAGAGGAAGACGAUGCAGAGUCUGUGAAGCAGGACUCGGAUGAGCCCGACACGUCGGACAGCGAGGUGGCUGCCACUUAUGAACAUGAAACCCACCACGAAGAACAUGCAGAGGGAAAACAUUUGUGCACAGUGGACAAGGACGAGGUCUUGCAAAAGAAAAGAAAAAGAGGUCAGGAUCCAGAGACAAAAGCACAUAAGAAGUCAGUGAGAGGAAGAAGGAAAAUCAAAGCUCCCGAAGCACCAGCUGAUGCAGCAGAAAUUACAAAGGAAACGGAGCACAACAGCCCUGCUUGUGGCAAUGACGUCUUUGAGGAGAACUAACUGAAAAGUGCAACUGGGAGUAAUAUCCCAGACUGUGUGGACUACGGGAAGAGGCUUGGACCGGGAGCCAGAGAACCCAGUCUUUGAACCCCAGCUCUGAUAGUGACUCCCUCCACAACUUGGGCAAGUCACAUAACCGGUGACUUAGCACUUUGAAGAUCCUUACGAAGUGCUAAGUAUUAGUGCUAGGUCUGAGGCAUGAAAACCUAGGCACACGGCUGAGAUCCAUGUAUCAUGGUGGUGAACUCCAGAGGAACCUGAGCAACACAGCUGAGCUUCCACUGGUUUUAUACAAGGUCUGCAGAACAACCAGCUCAGUGUUUUUCGCACUCUCAGACAAGAGCAGAGCCUCACUGGAAAACAAGAGCUGGUGAUGCCUGUCCCUGAUGGCACCACGCUGACACGGCAGGUGUUGUUAGAAGCUGUAUCGCUGCUGGUGCCUCCAGGUGUGAGUCUCUUCUCCAGCGCACCAGUUCCACACUGGUGUCACUCCCACACUGAGUCACUACUGGUUUACGGCCUGAUGCAGCACCUUGCUGGAUCAGGCCCUUGUGCUGUUGUCUGUGAGAGAAUUAAGGCCUUAAAUGCAGCACUGCUUUGGAGUGCUGGAGUCAGGGUAAGGAGCAGAGACUUUAGAGGAUGCAAUGUCAUGGCAUUUCAUACAGAGAAAAGCACUUCAAGGGGGUAAUUACAAAGACAAGCUGAUGGUAACAGGGAUAUACACGUUAAACAUCCCAUUUGUGAGUUUCUGGCUGUAGGAUAAAAGAAGGUGACAAGCGGAACAUGUUGCACAAU